AUGAACAUGAUCGGACACCCUAAGCACGCUCUCAAAGCCGUCGAGGUCGGAGCUGACCUAAUUUGCGCACAAGGAGGCGAGGGAGGAGGUCACACCGGUGAUAUCCCUACCAUUCUUCUGAUUCCCGCCGUGGCAGAGGUUCUUCGAGGCAAAAUUAGCCCUUUCACUGGUCGCCAGGUAGCGCUAGUCGCAGCGGGGGGCAUGUACAAUGGACAGACUCUCGCAGCAGCACUCAUGCUUGGUGCUGGCGCCGUGUGGGUUGGAACGCGGUUUAUUCUCUCGGAAGAGUCUGGUGCGUCGACGUUCCACCAGAAGGCGCUGCAGGAUACUGGCUUGGACGGUAUUAUUCGCACGACGAUCUUCACUGGCCGGCCACUCAAUACCCAGUCUACGCCGUAUAUCCAGCGCUGGGAGACUGAGCGCCGGGAGGAGAUGUUGCAGUUGCAAAACAAGGGUAUCAUUCCGUUGGCUCAUGACAUGGAAACCAAGAAAGAUGAUGAUGAGGUUUUGGACAACGCACAUCCAGUCCUCAUGGGCAAGGUUGCGGGGCUGGUGCGAGAGAGACUCCCCGCUGGAAAAAUUGUCGAGAACAUGGUCGAGGAGGCUGCGGAGUUGUUGGAAGUUGGGGGGAAGAGUGUUGCGAAGCUAUAG